UCACUUUCAACUUUUUCACACGAAACCCGACUAGCUCGAUUGUUGUUUUUAUAACCACACAUGUUAUUAUCACACAACAAGAAUUCGGGAAUCAUGUUCGAAAGCAUAAGUUUUUUGUUCUUGUUUGCACUGGCCUUCGUUGCCUGGGUCCUCCUCUGUUUCCAGCAUGUGGUCCAGAUUCAGAAGCGUGGCUCCUCCGAUUUCCGAGUGGAACUCUACACAGAGUACCCGGGUAUUACGUUUGAGCCGCAGCUGUGCCAAAGUACUUCAGAGCAGAGCCCUUCCGGAGGGGCCUAUGAGUUCGCAAUGAGCUUCGGGGUGAUCUUCGCCCUGACCUUGGGUCUGUCUAAGCUACUCCAACUGGCCGAGGUGCAGGCUAAGAGCUACCUGAAGAGUCGCAGGGCUCUGCCUCCGGAAUCUGCGGCCCAAGACGAGGAUCUUGCCGAUGAGCAGCAGAUGCAGUGCCAACAGAACCAACAUAAUCCCUUUGAUCCUCUGUUGGACCACAAUGAGGACCUGAAGGAGCAACUUAGUAGCCUACAGUCGCAGUGCCUGGAAAUGCGUGAGCUUCUGCAAGAGCUGCGGAUCAGCAGCAGUUCAAGUAGUUAUGGGAGUGCCCACUCGGAAAAUGAAACCAUGGCCUCCGAGGAGUCCAUGGUGUUGUGGAAGCAAACGGACUCCAUAGUUGAAACAGUCUCCGGUUCAUCGCACCGGUCGGCCAGUUCGCAGCCCGGCCAGAACAUCUACAUCAACAAUAGUCACAUCCACAUCAACGGACGCGUCUACCUAACCGAGAGCCACGUGAACGUCGACCUAUGCCAGCAGGCAUCGAUGUUCACCAGGAAGAGAAGCGAGUUCCUCCAGGUGUACGGCAACUACAUCACUGGUCUGAAGGAGCGCCCCAUGAUUUCGGGCAUGCGAUGCAACAACAUCCUCAUGUGAGGUUCCCCAAAAUCCUCCAUUACACUCGUAAUAAACAUUGUUAAUUGACCCUCAUGAA